AUGUCGGUUGAGUCGUUUCAAAUAAAAGUACCAGCAUCAUCUGCAAAUAUUGGACCUGGUUUUGAUGUAUUGGGAAUUGGUUUAAAAUUAUAUUUAACUAUAACAGUCAAAAUAGAUCCAGAAAAUAUCACAACUGAUGAUCCAUAUAAUGCCAAAGUAUCAUAUGAGGGAGACUUAGCCGAGAAGGUUCCUUUGCAAUGUGAAAAAAAUCUUAUAACCCAAACUGCUCUAUAUGUUUUACGAUGUAAUGGGAUUAAUAAAUUUCCAAAAGGUACAUCAAUUCAUGUUAUAAAUCCUAUACCUUUAGGCAGAGGUUUGGGAUCAAGUGCAAGUGCUAUUGUUGGUGGAGUUUAUUUGGGGAAUGUUAUUGGAAAAUUAAAUCUCGAUAAAAAUAGAAUGUUGGAUUAUUGUUUAAUGAUUGAAAGACAUCCAGAUAAUAUAGCAGCAGCAAUGUUAGGAGGAUUUAUAGGAUCAUAUUUGAACGAACUUGAAGAAGCAGAUCAUGAAGAAGUAAACCAACCUUUAACAAAUAUACUACCAGACUCAAAUACCCCAAAAGAUCAAAUAGUGUCCAAACCACCACCAUCAGAGAUUGGGGAAUACUUACAAUACAAUUGGAAUAAAAAGAUAAAAUGUAUCACUAUCAUACCAAAUUUUGAAGUAAGCACAGACAAAUCAAGAUCUGUACUACCCCAAUCAUACGAAAGAAAAGACAUCAUUUACAACUUACAAAGAAUUGCAAUUUUAACUCAAGCUUUAACUCAAGACCCACCAAAUCAUAAAUUAAUAUAUCAAUCAAUGAAGGACAAAAUUCAUCAACCUUAUAGAACUAUUUUAAUUCCUGGAUUAGAUAUCGUAUUAUCAAAAGUUGUUCCUUCCAAGCAUCCAGGAUUAUGUGGUAUAUGUUUGAGUGGAGCUGGACCCACUAUAUUAUGCUUAGCUACUGAAGGAUUUGAAGAUAUUGCUUCAGAUGUAAUAGAGAUUUUCAAAAGUGAAGGUAUUAAAUGUGAUUGGAAAAUACUAGAUUUAGCUUAUGACGGUGCAACAGUAGAAUAUUUGUAA